AUGAGGGUCAUGCUCGGCAGUUUCAUGCCCAUUGCUGAAUGGGGAGCACGUACAUGCGCUAGUAACGCCAGACUCAGCCCAUCAAUCCCGACUCCCUCUCACUUCAUCUACGCGGCUGGUCACUACAAGAUUUCCACGCUUUAUCGGCUCCAUUCCAUCGUCUUUCGUCCCGUUCAACAACAUGGAUACAUCCUUGUGCAUGCUGCAACAUCGUCAUCAUGGAUCAGAUUAAGUCCGCACGUCAUACAACAGAUUCUUGCCAUCAGUCAUGGCAUGAUAAUCAGAGACUACUGCUACUCCAAUAAGCAGAGCUACUGCUGGAUCUUCCAGUCGCAGUCGAGUCGGUCUCUAGCGUAG